ACAGAGCUCUUAUCACCAAGCGGUGGAUCAUUGCGAGCAUGCUCAAGGUUCCGCUGGCUUCUGACCAGCCUUGAACAAGGUACGUGUGCUUCGUCGCGCUUUUCCUUGUCCUUUCAUGAUGAUCAUUUCUUUUUACAAUAUACGCUGGAAAUUACCGGCUGAGAUCUUUUUCGCUGAAGAUAUAAAAUGGCUAUUUCUGAUGGACUUCCUAUCCAAUUACUUAUGUUGCCCACUUGGACGAACCCUCGCUGACAACAUUAAAGGCUUAGACAAUGGCAAGGUAUGCUGCGCUCCUACGUCCCGACCCAAGCACCCGAAUUUUAUGAUGAAGCGGCACUGGGCUCCGAUAUCGCAUGAGCACGAAAAGCCAUUUUGCGGCAGGCCUAGAAAACCUCGCCCACUGACUCGACGCACUCACCGAACAAAUGAUGGACCGAGGAGAGCCACUGAGGCUGACCCUGCUUCCAGUGCCAGUGACUGUGCCAUGUCUUGCGGUCUGCUUCUACAGAUCAAAUUGUCAGGUUCCAUACGCGACAACGUAAGUAUUUGCAUUUUCUUGUACCAUCAUGCUUUCCUGAUGAAACCAGAUGACGAGUCUUAUCCGGGUUUCCGAUGCAGACACAAUAUAUCUAUUCCAUUCAUGCUUUCCUGAAAUUUGCAUUGACCCCACAAUUCGCGUUGAAAACUCUGCACGAACAUGGCUAAUUGGGUUUAAAGUAGUUUAAAUGUGAGUUGCUCGAGUGCAUUCGCCAUCUCAUCCAAGAGCAUCAUCUCCCUGAUGAUCCAAAAUGAAUACGACAAGCAUAUGUCUGAGCUCACGCUACGACGACAAUUCAUUUAUAGUCUGAUCGAGAUGCUCUUUUCACCUUUGAGAGGCAGCCCAUCAGUCAGCACGUCGCUGACUUUUCGAAAGGACUUCUCAGGCUGAUGAAAAUUCGGUUUGGCGUCCAUUGCCAUCAGGUUAGUGCACCCUUUCUCUUGUUCAUCUCACCCUUUUUACAUGAUGAAUUAUACAUAUCACGACGGUCAACUUAGCAAAAUGCAUUGAUGACAACGCCUGU